UGUAACAACACGAACAGGGACGGAUUCAAGUUGCACCAGUGGCCCAAAGAUGCGAAAGUGGCAAGAAAUUGGACGAAAUUUGUUCAAAAUACGAGGCGGUGGGGAAAGCCGACGAAAUGGUCAGUCGUUUGUUCCGCACACUUUACCGACGAAAGCUAUGCUACGACAGAGAUGGCAAGAAUGUGUGGAUAUCCUGCGACACUCAAAGCAGAUGCAUUUCCAACGAUAAAGUCAAAGAAAUCUGCCGCCAGACCCCCAUUGAAUCUGCCGGAGUGUGUGAGCUAUUCAGGGACAAAGGACCUCGGUAGCACGCCAAGCAAUGGCGGCAGUUUGUUCCCGCAGACGAGCGAGCUAAUUCCCCUGGAUGUCUUGGCUCACACCGCUUCUACCAUCCCUUAUGCCACCGAAGAUGAUCAAGAGAAGAAUAUUGACCCUAGCAUCCCUGGCCUGCUGACAUCAACUCCAAAACUGGACAGAUCAGCUUUCAGGAAAAGAGAGCGGAUGAGGGUGUUACAGGACAUUUUUUCGAACUCUUAUCGACAUUCACUGUUCUCUGAAGAGGAUGAUUAUCAAACUUUGUCAAGAGCGGAUAUUGGAGUUCAGAUAUACCCUGAUGUGAAGUCUAAAGACGUUUGUGAAGAAUAUCUUUUUCCUGAGCCACAGGGGUGGAGUGUCAAGAUGGCGCAAGAGGAGCCACAGCCCACCCACAUUAAAGAGGAAGACGAAGCGCCACAGAUUUCUCACAUUAAAAAGGAAGAGGAGGACCCACUGACCCCCCACCUUAUGGAGGAAAGGGACCCGCUGACCCCCUUUGUUAAAGGGGAAGAAGUGGCGCCAGAGACCCCGCACAUUAAAGAGGAAGAGGAGGACACACUGACCUCCCACAUUAAAGAGGAGGAGGAGGAACACAGCAUCACUCAGGAGGGAAAGAAGCUUGAAUGGUUCCCAGUGACUGGUGUCCCUGUGAAGAGUGAAGAUGAUGAGGUCAAAGGUGAGAGUGAGGAGCAGAGAGAGGCGGAGCCUCUAAGCAGCAGCUCAACAGAAGCUGAUGGAGACCACUGUGGAGGAUCACAAGCAGACAAGCUCUUAGCUCCACUAUCAGAUAGUGAGGACACAACGUCACACUCUCCUGACACUGAUGAUGAAGACUCUAAAGAUGAUAAGACAUGUCACACUGACAACACACACUUCACAUGUUCUCACUGCGACAAAACCUUUAAACGCCCCAGUGGUCUUAAAAUACACAUGAGAAUACACACUGGAGAAAAACCUUUUUCCUGCUCAGAAUGUGGUAAAUGUUUUGCACGGAAAUAUGUGUUAAAAGAACACGUGAAAAUACACACUGGGGGGAAACCUUUUUCUUGUUCAAUUUGCGGCAAAUAUUUUACACAAAGUCACUAUUUGAAAGUACACAUGAGAACACACACCGGAGAAAAGCCUUUUUCUUGUUCAAUCUGUGGUAAAGAUUUCAUACAAAGUCAUGAUUUGAAAGUACACACGAGAACACACACCGGAGAAAAUCUUUUCACUUGUUCAACCUGUGGUAAAGGUUUUGCCCGAAGCAACAGUUUGAAAGUACACAUGAGAAUACACGCAGAUGAAAAACCUUUUUCCUGCUCAAAAUGUGGUAAAGGUUUUGCACAAUGCAACAAUUUGAAAAUACACAUGAGAAUGCACACCGGAAAAAAACCUUUUACCUGUUCAAUCUGCGGUAAAGGUUUCUUGGAAAGUAGCUAUUUGAAAACACACAUGAGCAUACACACUGGCGGAAAACCCAAUACCUGUUUAGUCUGUGAUAAAGGUUUUGUACGGCGUUACAAUUUGAAAUUACACAUGAGAACACACACUGGAGAAAAAACAUGAACCUGCUCAGUAUGCGGUGAAUGUUUUGCAGAACAUCUGUUGAAAGAUCACAUGCAAAUAUACACACCGGGAAAACCCCUUUUUUCUGAUCAGUAUGUGGUAAGGGUGUUUGCAGGGAUUAAUAUGUUAAAAGAACACACAGUGGAGAAAAACGCUUUUCCUGUUCAAUAUGUGGUAAACAUUUUGUACGAAGACCGUAUGUGUGACAAUCAUUGGUACUUUAACUUUAUUUAAAAAUACACACCAAAGAAAAAACUUUUGUUCAAUCUGUGGUUUACACACACAUACAGGUAAAAGCCAGUAAAUUAGAAUAUUUUGAAAAACUUGAUUUAUUUCAGUAAUUGCAUUCAAAAGGUGUAACUUGUACAUUAUAUUUAUUCAUUGCACACAGACUGAUGCAUUCAAAUGUUUAUUUCAUUUAAUUUAAUUUAAUUUAACCGACACCAGCAGAUGACAUGGCACCCCAAACCAUCACCCAACCAUGCAAAUUUUGCAUUUCCUUUGGAAAUCGAGGUCCCAGAGUCUGGAGGAAGACAGGAGAGGCACGGGAUCCACGUUGCCUGAAGUCUAGUGUAAAGUUUCCACCAUCAGUGAUGGUUUGGGGUGCCAUGUCAUCUGCUGGUGUCGGUCCACUCUGUUUCCUGAGAUCCAGGGUCAACGCAG